AUGGACUUGACAGACGUCCAGAAAAAUUUCGAUAUUGUUCAACAUUCACCCAUGAACAACACAAACCUCGGUGUAAAAAUUAGUCCAGCACCACCAAUCUUAAGAAUGGCGGAGUCCGCGUCUCACUCGGUUCCCACCUUUGAUGGUACCCAAGAAAAUGCCUUGAGUGGUGCACCUGAACCUACGCUCAACGGUGUUCAGGCACCCACUCCCAACGAUGUUCAGGCAUUAAUUGACCACGGGCCUCCUGCUUUCCCUCACAGCGGAAUACAAGCGCCCAUCCUUAAUGGUGUUCUAGGACUCGCGAUUCACGAUGUCCAGGCUCCCAUCUUCAACGGGGUCCAGGCACCCACUCUGCAUGGUGUUCCAACAUCAACGUUCAACGUGUCUCCUGUUCCUCUGCAUAACGAGGUACAAUCGCCCGUCCUUAAUGAUGCCCCAGGACCCGCCAUCCACGGUGUCCAUGCACCCGCCAUACACGAUGUCCAGACACCCACUCUGCGCGGUGUUCCUACAUCAACCUCCAACGGGCCUCCUGUCCCAAUUUAUAACGGGGUGCAAAAGCCCAUUUCAAAUGGUGCCCCAAGACCCACCCACCAAGGUGUUCAGAUACCCACCUUCAACGGGGUCCAGACACCAGCUUGCAACGGGAAUCAGUUUUCACCCGACCAUAGUGCCCAAGCACCCGCUUUCAACGUUGCCGAGUCACCCGUCUUUACCAACGCCCGUGGACCCUUUUUUAACGAGGUUGCUCAGGUACGUACUUGCAAUGGGACACUGGCGUCCGUGUUCUACGGUGCCCGGGCACCAGCCUUCCACGGUACCCAGGCAACUAACCCCAGCGGUUUUCAAGUACCUACCUAUAACGGGACUCAAGUUCGAUCCCACACUGGUACUCAAGGUCUUGCCUCCAAUGGCGCGCAGGCGCCCAUCUUUAUCUGGGCACACGGACUCAACGGUGUUCAAGCACCUACCUCCCACGGGACUCACGUUCCCGCAUACAACGAUACCUCAACAUCCGCCAUCUACGGGUUUCGCAUGCCCGUCCUCAAUUAUGGACAAACAUACCCACAUUACUCGGUGCAAGUACCCACUACCUAUGGGGUCCCGCCACCCCUCGGCCAUUGGGGGCAAACUUAUCCCUGGGGGCCGAACCGAUAA